AUGUCUGAGGAGCUCGCUGACGAGAUCGAGGCCAUAAACUCGAUUUAUGGCGAUGGCAGCCUGGUCCAGGCUGGAGAGGACUCAGAUAUCUACAUUCUGAGCCUCCCGGAUGAGUCGGUCUCGCUGCGCCUGCAGUUCCCACCUGACUAUCCUGCUGCGCCCUGCAUCCCCAUCAGCACCAAUAGCUCCGGAGGAAAACGCGGCGUUGGAGCUCGCGACCUCGAGCUCUUUCGAACCGCGCUGGGGAACAUCUUUCAGCCGGGCCAGGUCUGUCUCUUCGACGCCGUGGAGGAGCUGAAGAGACUCCAGGAGGAGGCCGGGCUGGAUAAUGACCCGCCCUCGGAUCACGGGGAACCAAAUGGCGAACCGCACGCCGUCUUCACCUCCAAGGCGUUCGAUGACCUGGUGCCAGAGCCACCGUGGGUCAUAUCCGAGCCCGUCAUUGAGCUGAAGUCUGUUUUCGUCGCUCGCUGCGCUGCGGUCACCUCCCCCGACCAGGCCGCCAAGUUCGUUGAGCACUUGUUGGCGAGUGACAAGCGGGUGCGGACUGCAACGCAUAAUAUCACGGCGUGGCGGAUCCGCGGGCCCAACGGGACCUCCUUCCAGGACUGCGACGACGAUGGCGAGACUGCUGCCGGCGGGAGGCUUUUGCAUCUCAUGCAGCUCAUGGACCUCUGGGACCACAUGAUCGUGGUCACUCGCUGGUACGGCGGCCAAAAGCUCGGGCCUAGGAGGUUCGCGCUUAUCAAUGCUGCUGCCAGGGACGCCUUUGUCAGGGCUGGCAUCGUCAACGAGCCAUCGACCGCUAAGAAGAAGGGACACGGCAAAUGA